AUGAAAGAAAAGUGGUACUCCGCCAAGUUCGUCGCAUUUUCACUUGUUGCGGUAUUCUUCGCGACAUUCCUCUGGUCUGUUUCGAUAUCGCGAUUCAUUCUUAUCAUUCCAUUUAACACAUACGAAGACACUACAAAUGUCGUGCGAGACUUUUGGAUCACAUUUGCCGUCUCACUUGGUGUGUCCCAUUUAGUCAUACUUUUCUUCAUUCUUUUGUAUUGUAUGGAUUUCCUCUUUGAAAGUACUUUAUUCAGAAAAUUUAAUUUGUACAUUGCGAGUGGACUGACCAUCAUCUUCAACGCAAUCCCAUUUAUGAUGAUCUUUGAUGUUGUGAAUAUCGUUCUCUGCGCGUCGAAACUCUUUGGGUCCUCUGCAUUUAGAACAGACUUGUUCAACAAAGGAAAGUUCAUUUCGUUUGUCACAUUCAAUUACGUCGGGACGUAUUACAGACUCAUUCCAAUUUUCUGCAUUUUAUUUGGGAUGGCGGCGGUAUCUAUUUACGGACUCAUUGAAGGGCAUUUACUCCACGUGAAGAACACUACAAUUAAAUCAGACAAAUUCGACAGACCUUUCAAGUUUGUCCACAUCAGUGACAUCCACAUUGGUUCAAGAUUUUUGAGUCACGCCGAAAAGAUCGUGAAGCUCAUUUUAAAGGAAAAGCCCCAAUUUGUUGUCAUCACCGGUGACCUGACAGACUCUCCAAAUGUACAAGAAUACGAAUUGCUCCCAUUCAAGAAACUGAGCGAAAAAUGCCCGAUUUAUAUGUGUAUGGGCAAUCACGACUACGUCACUGGCAAAACAAAAGUCGAGGAAAUCACACGGGCGUGCAAAAUACAUUUACUGAUCAACGAAGUGUGUAUGGUCGAUAAAUAUAACACGAUGAUAGCGGGCACGAAUGACACAAACACCCUUUCACAUUAUUUCGACAGUUUAAACGUUGUCAAACAACUUGUCGAACCACGGGCGUAUAACAUAAUGUUGCAACAUCGGCCACAAGGAGUCGAAGAAACAUGUGAGACUGGAUUGUUUGAUUUGAUGUUGUCUGGACAUACACACGUCGGACAGUUUGCCCCAUUUGGGUGGUUUGUGUAUCUCUUCUUUAGACGGCCAAACGGGUUUUACAACAUCAAAAAGGGCGACCAUAAGAUGAAGUUGUAUACAUCGCCAGGAACAGGGGCUUGGGCACCACAUAUGAGAACAAUGGGUACUAACGACAUUAUGGUGUUCCACAUGCAGCCUACCAUAACACCUUCUGUCAUUUCUGAUGUUGAAAUCGCAAUGUAA